AUGAUAGAUGAUUUAGAAAAGCUUAGUUGUAAAGAGGAGUUAGAUUUAAGUGAUGUGGAACAUUCACCUUCAGAAGAUAUUAAAGAUUCCGAAGAGAAACCGAAAAAGAGUCGUAAAAGACGACGCCGUGAAAUUGAUAUGAUAAAACUAUCUGAUGAUGAUGACACAGAUGAUGAGGGUCUAUCUAAAAAACUAGUCCGCAAACAAAGCCCGGGACCAAACUCUCCUGCUUCCCACCGUGAACCAAGAACUUGUGUUCUAAAGGCAAGUCAGAAACGAAGACCUCUGUCUCGGUUGCUGGAACAAUUGCUUCGUAAUCUUGAAAAACGUGACCCAAAUCAGUUUUUUGCAUGGCCAGUAAAUGAUAACUUUGCCCCAGGCUAUUCUACUAUUAUAAGAAGACCAAUGGACUUCUCCACUAUGAAACAGAAGAUUGACGAUAAUGAAUAUAGAUCACUGAAUUGUUUUAUUAGUGAUUUCAAGCUGAUGUGUAACAAUGCUAUGAAGUAUAACAAGCCCGGUACAGUUUACCACAAGGCGGCUCGAAGGCUGCUGCAUUCAGGCUUGAAACAGCUAACACCGCAGAAGUUACGACCACUUGGAGACAUUCUCACCUACAUGUAUGAGAUACCAAUUAGGGAGCUUGGCUUCGACAUCGGGAAAAUGGAUGUGCAUAAGGUGCUGAAACGCAGUAGCCCAAUCAAGAGCGGUGGGUCAGAGUGUGAAACCGUGUCUGAUGGUCAAGAGAGACAAGACUCUGGUGAUAGUGUGAAGAUACAGAUGGAGGCUGCUAGAGAGCAACAUAGACGGCGAUUGGCAAAGAAAGCCUUUCCCCGAAUGGAUGGGGACGGUAAGACUACCCUGUGUCUGGUUACACACCCAGUGGACAACAACAGUGAAGAGAAACCACUUACCCUUGGCCAGUAUAUCGGGAAGCUCACACAGGGCACGGGAUCUUUGCACACGACUCGCGAGGAUCGCCGCAACUUGGCUAAAUGCGUGAAACCUUUAAACUACGGUCCAUUCAGCUCUUAUGCACCUUCGUAUGAUGGUACUUUCUCGACGCUAACUAAAGACGAGACUCAUCUAAUAUACCAUACUUUACCGUCAGAGACAGGCCAGGGCAAUGAGGAGAUGCUGCGGUUCGCCACGGAUUCUCCAUGGGCGGUUAUAUACGACAUGGAGGCGCUAUUCCCCGGCAAGAAGUCUCAGUCUGAACAGACCGCGCAAAAGGACGAUAAUGAUUCAUCAAAAGUCAAAAUAGAUAUAGAAGAACUCCGCGCCCUCUCGUCUGAAAUGGGCAUAGACACGGAGUAUCUUACAGAAAUCGAAGAGGAAGUGGCCGCUGCGCAGCACGACUACGGAAUCUCGGCGGCAUUGCGCCACACGGGAGAUCUCAUUGCCAAACUUGAAAAGGAACAAAAGGAUCGGCUCUCCGCCCCGCCCCCGUGGCACUUGUCACUAUGCCCGAAGCCGAAUGGAGCUGAACGUGAGCUGGCCCGCUUAACAGCCAGCUGCCUUCGAUCUAUGAUCCAGCGGGUACCGCCCAAACAUGUAGCGCCGGUCACUGAGAUACGACGUGCUAUGGGCGUUACGCUUGAACAUCUUGAUACUCCAAUGGCGGUAGAUGACUUCGAGCUAGACCUCCACGAACUGCGAGACAUUUCAGAUCCAGAUUCGAGAUCCAGUCACGACAAAUAA